AACAAUUAACACAAAACAAAAGAAAAAGAAAAGGAAAAUGGAUAAGUCAUCUUCGUCUUCGUCUUUGUGGAAGGUAAGGAAGGUCUUAACGGAGAAAUGUGAAGGUUGGUUGGACUUUGAUAAUAAUAGCGAUGUUGAGAACUAUAUUUUGAAACCUUUGUGCAAGUCUACUAACUUAGUUAAAAGAGAUCCUAUAAAGAUCAAGAUCGACGAUUACGAUAUGGGGUGCCAGGACGAGGUACUUUUAGGAUAUAAUCGUGAAUCUGAUAAAUUUUAUCUUGGGAAGAAGAUGUGGAAGAGGGUGAAGGAGCUUGAUGUUGGAGAUGAAGUUGGAUUCUUCUACGAUCCCAUUGCAAAAAAUGUGUGUUUCUCUGUGUUGAAACUAGCAAAACCCUGAUAAUCAAUCAGUACUUGUUUAAUUAUGCUUAACUAUAUACAUUAUGCGAUUUGAAUUAAUGGAUACAUAUAAUUACAUUUGAAA